AUGUGCAGCUGCUUGGUGAGAUGCGAUCGGACUCAUGAGGAGGCUCUUGUUAAUGGCUCUCCAGCUCGUAUGGGGUAUAAGCAGGAGUUGCGGCGACAGUAUUCCACGCGUCAAGUAUUUGCGGUCGCGUUCAGCAUCAUGGGCUUGGUGCCUUCGAUCGCGUCAACGCUCUCGUUCUCACUCCCAGCGGGCCCGGUUGGAAUGGUUUGGGCCGAUCUGGCAUCUGCAAUGCCCACUGCCGGGGGCCUUUACUGGUGGACCCAUUAUCUUGCUGGGGAGAAAUGGAAGAGGCCACUUAGCUUUUUGGUCGGGUAUAGCAACACCCUAGGCCUGCUUGGCGGCAUAUGUUCGGUGGACUAUACACUGGCGCUUAUGAUCCUGUCUUGUGUAUCUAUAUCACGAUCAGACGACUGGUCUACCUCCAAUGGCGUACUCUAUGCCGUGUUUGUUGGGCUAAUAUGCUUACAUGGACUAUGUGCAUCGAUGGGCGGUCGCAUGAUGCCCAGAGUCCAGAGCCUUUCCCUGUACCUGAACGUUGCCCUCAUGGUAGCAAUAGUGAUUGCACUUCCAGUCGGCAAGGUGACGCGAGGAGCCUCACUCAACUCGGGCCGCUUCGUGUACAGUCACAUCGAUAAUGAGACAACUUGGCCGAUCGGAUGGGUAUUCAUGCUCGCUUGGCUGGCUCCAAUUUGGUCUAUUGCAUCAUUUGACUCAUGCGUGCAUAUGAGCGAAGAGGCUUUGCAUGCAGCUAGGGCCGUCCCUAUUGGAAUUAUCGGAACAGCCAGCUCGGCAUUUCUGCUGGGCUUCGUGGUCUUGUCCGUCAUUGCGUCCACAAUGGAUCCCGAUGUCAGCAACACUAUCAAUACCAAAUUUGGUCAGCCAAUGGCUCAGAUAUAUUAUGAUGCACUUGGAAGAGAGGGUGCAUUGGCCUUCAUGGCUGUGAUGUGCCUCGUUCAGUUUCUGAAUGGCCUCGGUCUCACCCUUGCCGCAUCUCGCCAGGCGUGGGCAUUCUCCCGCGAUGGCGCACUUCCUUUUUCCGGGUUCUUCUCUCACAUCAGUAAGCGAGUCCGAUACCAGCCAGUGCGUAUGAUAUGUGGAAUAGUCAUUGCAUGCAUCAUACUUGGCUUGUUGUGUCUAAUCGACUCCGCCGCUGCUAACGCUCUUUUUUCAUUGUUCGUCGCGAGCAAUUACCUCUCAUGGGGAACCCCUAUCUUCUGCCGGUUGGUCUGGGGUCAUGAUCGGUUCCAGCCAGGCGAGUUCUAUACUGGAAUACUGAGCAAGUCUAUUUCUAGUAUUGCUGUUAUAUACCUCAUGUUUGGAGUUGUGCUAUCCAUGUUUCCCACCGAAGGACCAAAUCCCACUCGCUUUCUCAAUAUAGCAUCUACCAUGAACUACACUGUGGUUAUCAACGGUUUUGUCUGGGUGGGUUGCAUGGGAUAUUAUUUCCUCUUUGCGCGACGAUGGUAUACUGGGCCACAAAUGACCAUUGAUGAGAGUGCUUCUGCCGAGUCUGGUAGCACAGCCAACAUUCUGUUGUCAAGCUCGCAACCCGGUCACCAGGUUGAAUUGACCCCAGAUAAAAGCGACUAG